CCGCCAAGAAGCCGACCAACAGAUUUCCCAAAAAGAGUUAUAAUCGACUAACCAAGCAGACACACAAACCGCGACACAGCAGCCCCAUAGACUGGCAGGCAGUCUAUCUGAGCGACGAACGCCGAGUAAAAUGAAAGUGGACGCAGACCAACAGAAGCCGACAUCAAAGGCGUCGGCAGCAAUAGAUACAACCACAACCAGGCUAGCAGUGACUACGCAGGGAGCUGCUGCCGCAAGGGUGACCAGAACUAACACACUUGGACUAGUUAAAAAGAAAUCUUGCACAACACUUCUAUGCGAAUUGACACGCCUCAAGUCGCAACAAAAGUACCUCGAAUGCAGUCAAGUUAAAUUGAAUCCAGCCAACUACGAGGAUCCCACGGCUAGCAAUGGUAGCGCUGCAUUUCCACUGCCGCCGCUGGGAGGUGAAGCGAUGCAGUUGGUUAAUGAAAUUGAGUGCUUAAAAGUGCAAUUAGAUGAAGAUUUGAAGGUGUAUAGUGAAAAUUCGUAUCGUGAGGUAGAGGAAUUUCGAGAUUUGGUAAGCGCCAUACGCGUGGAUGUUCAACAACCGGAACGAUUGAGCCAAUACACUUUGCCGGUGUUACGCGAACGCAUUAUCGCCAUAAAUACGCAGCUGAUGCAACUCUGCGAUAAAAAUCAGGCCGAAAUGGAGAAAUUGCGCGGCGAAUUCGAGCAGUUGGAGCGGAAUAAUGACAUACUUGUGAAAAUUUGA